AUGGCUACAAGGACUUUUGUGGUUCUUCUCUCAGAAAAAUUGCGUGAAAGAUUUUCUAAGGGCUUGAAAAUUCUAAGGCUCCAGCGACCAAAAAUGUGGAACGAGAUGAGUCUCUUAACCAAAUCUCUCUCUAUUUCUCUCCUACCCUUUUUUCUCUUUCUCAUCCCAUUGCUUCAAUUCAAAGCCCUUGCCCUUGACACAACAUCAUCCCUUAGUCUUGUUAACAACAUUAAUGUUGCUAGCAACGAGACUGAUUUCCAUGCAUUAUUGGCCUUCAAGUCAAAUAUUCUCCCAAAAUAUCAGCAGGCCUUGAGCUCAUGGAAUGGGUCUCUCCAUUUCUGCCACUGGGAUGGUGUCCAAUGCAGUCGUCGACAUGAACGAGUCACCGCUAUAGACCUAACGUCCAGAGGUCUAGCGGGUUCUCUGUCUCCUUAUAUCAAAAACCUCAGCUUUCUACGGGAGCUUAGCCUCGGAAACAACACUUUUACAGGUGCAAUUCCAACUGAACUCGGUAGUCUUUUCAGGCUGGAGAAAUUGAAUCUGAGCAUUAAUGGUUUCGAAGGCAAAAUUCCAACAAGCCUAUCAUGUUGCUCCAAUCUCAGGUACCUUACUAUAACCCACAAUAAGCUAGUGGGAGAAUUCCCAAAAGAACUGGCUUAUUCAAUGCCGAGACUCCAAUCACUCUACAUUAAUAAGAACAAUUUGACCGGAGGAAUUCCUCCGUCAAUUGGGAAUCUUACUUCAUUGGUAAAAUUUGUGGCCUCUUCCAAUCCUUUUGGAGGAAGUAUUCCAAACGCUUGGGGUCUCUUGACAAAUUUAAGAGUAUUACGGUUGGGUACCACUCAAAUUUCAGGUACCAUCCCUCCUUCCUUAUACAACCUAUCGUCGCUAGUUUGGUUAUCAGUGCUUGAGAAUCAACUUUGGGGUAGUCUACCGCCGACAUUUGGGGUCAUGUUCCCUCAACUUGUGGUCCUUCAGCUAUGGGGCAACCAAUUUAAUGGUUCAAUUCCGCUUUCAAUAUCCAACUCUUCGCAGUUGGUACAGCUAGAAUUGGCCCAAAACAAUUUCAAUGGAAAAGUAAGAAACGAUUUGGGAAGCUUGCAAAAUCUCAUUAAUAUAAAUAUUGGUUAUAACAAUUUUGAAACUAAGGGAUCUGAUGGACUUGCCUUUCUUAGUUCUUUGGCCAAUUGUAGCCACUUGGAAAUAUUACAGUUGCAAAAAGGCCCAUUCCAAGGGGUAUUACCGGACUCUGUGGGCAAUCUAUCAACCUCUAUCUCUUACUUGGCACUAGGUCUAAAUCAAUUGUAUGGAUCUAUUCCUUCAACAAUAGGAAACCUUGUGGGUCUGGAACUCUUAGCUCUAGAAGAUAACCUAUUCACAGGCCCGAUUCCCGGUAGCAUAGGUUAUUUGCGUAAGUUGCAAAUAUUGGACCUUUCAAACAACAAUAUCUCCGGUAAAAUUCCAAACUCGAUUGGGAAUUUGUCAUUGCUGCUUAUUCUUCACUUGCACCUAAAUAGAAUAGAGGGGGCCAUAACCUUGAAUCUUGCCAAAUGUCGGAAUUUGUUAGAGUUGACACUUUCUGAUAAUAACCUUAAUGGGAGCCUACCACGGCAACUUUUGACGGUCACUUCUUUGUCAAUUAGAUUGGAUCUAGCUCGCAACCGUUUGUCUGGAUCAUUGCCACUUGAGGUUGAAAAUCUCAAAAAUUUGGCAGAAAUCGAUAUUUCUGAUAAUGGUUUGUAUGGUGCAAUUCCUGGGACUCUUGGUGGCUGUAGAAGCCUCGAAAACUUGUAUUUGCAGCAAAAUUUCUUUCAAGGAUCUAUUCCUUCCUCAAUGGAAACCUUGAGAGGUAUUCAGAGUUUGGACCUUUCUCAUAACAAUUUAUCUGGUGAAAUUCCGAGAUUUUUAGAGACAUUUGCCCUGAAGAGUCUCAAUUUGUCUUUCAAUAAUUUCGAAGGAGAAUUACCAAUGAAGGGCAUUUUUACAAAUGCAAGUGCAAUAUUAGUUGCCGGAAACUAUAGGCUUUGUGGUGGCAUUCCCGAACUACAACUACCUCGGUGCAACAUGAAAAAAUCAAGAAAUAGGAAGUUUCUUUCGUUGACAUUGGGAAUCACGGUAGCUUCGAUACUCGUCGGUGUAAUCGUAGUGUCUUCUUUCAUCAUAUGUUUGUUCACGAAAAAAAGAAAGAACCCUACAGUUUCAUUGUUGAAAGAUCCAUUCUUGAAAGUCUCUUAUGGAGAACUUCUCAAAGCAACUGAAGGUUUCUCUUCGACGAAUCUACUUGGUUUUGGUAGUUUCGGUCGUGUGUAUAAAGGUGUUGUUGAACAAAACAGGGAGUUAGUUGUUGCGGUCAAAGUACUUGACCUUCAAACUAGUGGCGCUAUCAAGAGUUUCAUGGCAGAGUGCGAAGCCUUAAGGAAUAUUCGACACCGAAACCUCGUUUCAAUCAUAACCUCUUGUUCUAGCAUGGAUUUUCAAGGGAAUGAGUUUAAAGCUCUAGUCUACGAGUUCAUGCCGAAUGGAAGUCUAGAUAAUUGGUUGCAUCCAAUUCUGGGUUCAAAUUGUCAUGCGGGACGUGAGUUCGUGGGUCUCAAUCUGCUGCAAAGAAUAGACAUUGCGAUUGAUGUAGCUUGUGCUCUCGAUUAUCUUCACCAUCAAUGCAGAAGGCCAAUUAUUCACUGCGAUUUAAAGCCGAGUAAUAUCCUUCUUGAUGGUGACAUGGUUGCUCAUGUUGGAGAUUUCGGUCUAGCUAGAUUUCGUGCAGAGUUCACCACUCCAAGUACAAGUAGUUCAACUGCAAUAAGUGGAACCAUUGGAUAUGCAGCUCCGGAGUAUGGACUGGGAAGCGAGAUGUCAACUAGUGGAGAUGUUUAUAGUUACGGGAUCUUGUUGUUAGAGAUGAUAACAAGGAAGAGACCAAUUGACAUAAUGUUUGAAGGAGACCUUAACCUUCAUAACUUUACAAGGAUUGCCUUGCCUCAAUGUGUAAUGGAGAUUGUAGACCCUAUGCUCUUAACCGAGGAGAGAAAUGGCAGCAAAAUGAUGGAGUAUCUUAUCUCCGUUAUAGAAAUAGGACUGGCAUGCUCCACCGAAUCCCCAAAAGACCGAAUGAGCAUCGAUGUUGUACUCCGUGAGCUUCAUCUGGUCAAGAACAAUAUUUUGAAGGCUGACAUGGAUAGCUAGAUAAUGUUGAUAACUCGAGGUGUCUCAGUUCGCGUACGCACACCUUGAUUAAUAUCAGGGGACCAAUCCCACUUCCAUUAGACAAUGUUGGAAGCAAGCAAGAAUCCAAUUACCUUGGCAAUGUCCCCCAUGACGCCACAGAAUGGGUAUAUUAAACAAGACUCAAUUUGAUUAAUGGUGUGGUCACCAAUAAUGCUUUCAUCUUAAAGUUGUAGAAUUAUAUGUUAGGACCACAUAAAAAAUAUUUCGUAAAUUUCAAUAUAUGUCUUCUACUUCUAUUAACUUGUUGGGUUCGCGUCGUUUAUAUUUGCUUUCUUUUUCGAAUUCUAUUUGCGCAUUUACUGUACCUUUUCAAUUUGGACCAGAAGGCAAAUAUAAUAUAUAUACUGUU